CCCCCCCUCUCUCUCUCUCCUCUUACGGCUUUAGUUUGAAAAUUGAAAAUUGAAAAGAGGGUUUCGGUUCGUAUAUACAGUUCCAAUUUCUCAUUUUCUCCUCCUAACAUCUCUUGAUUUCAUUCGCUACCCUAUCCACGCUAUGCCAGAGUGCCGGACAAAACUAUGCAAGAAUCCCGCACUAAAUUCUAUAUUAUCUUCUCCAUUUCUUUGAUUCGUCAUUUGAUUGAUUGAUUGGUAGGUCGGUUGGUUGGAUUUUUUUGUACUUUUAUAACAGAAAUCACCAAAGCCCUCUUUAGGGGUUGGUUCUCCUCCUUUUCUUGUCUCUCCUCUUGUGGGAUUUUGAUUCUACCGUAAAUUCUCCAGAGGGUCUGAGCUGCUUAUUCUGGUGAUGUCAACUGGAAAUUGUUAUUUCGAUGACUUGCGCAACAAACCUGAGGUCAUUGAUCCUGCUCAGGAUGAAGAAUUACUGGAAGUUAGCGAGCACAUGAAUGACGCUACUCAAAUUGCUGUGAAACCUAAUCUGACUGUUUCUAGCAGUGUUCGUGAGUUGUUGGAAUGUCCUGUCUGCUUGAAUGCAAUGUACCCUCCUAUUCACCAGUGCUCGAAUGGGCACACCAUUUGUUCUGGUUGCAAGCCUAGGGUGCACAACCGCUGCCCAACCUGCAGGCAUGAGCUUGGCAAUAUCAGAUGUCUUGCAUUGGAGAAGGUGGCCGCAUCCCUUGAGCUUCCUUGUAAAUAUCAGAGUUUUGGGUGCAUGGGCAUAUAUCCUUAUUACAGCAAGUUAAAGCAUGAAUCUCAAUGUUCGUUUAGACCCUACAACUGCCCCUAUGCAGGAUCUGAGUGCACGGUCAUUGGUGACAUUCCCUAUUUGGUGGCCCAUCUAAAGGAUGACCACAAAGUUGAUAUGCACAAUGGCAGUACUUUUAACCAUCGUUAUGUCAAAUCAAAUCCACAUGAAGUGGAGAAUGCUACAUGGAUGCUCACAGUUUUCAGUUGCUUUGGGCAAUACUUCUGCUUGCAUUUUGAAGCAUUUCAACAUGGUAUGGCGCCAGUUUACAUAGCAUUCUUGAGGUUCAUGGGUGAUGACAAUGAGGCCAAAAACUAUAGCUAUAGUCUCGAGGUUGGCGGGAAUGGCAGAAAGAUGAUAUGGCAGGGAAUUCCUAGAAGCAUAAGAGAUGGCCACCGCAAAGUUCGUGACAGUUUUGAUGGCCUCAUUAUCCAACGUAACAUAGCCCUGUUUUUCUCUGGCGGGGAUCGGAAGGAAUUGAAGCUCAGAGUCACAGGUAGGAUUUGGAAAGAGCAGUGAUGAGUUAUAGCGCCACAGCUUCCGUCAUUGUUUGUUAUCUUAGGGGUAGAUUUGUUCUUUUAGCUGUUGAGAGUCUUCUGGUCAUGUAUUUUCUGAACUUUAAGGAGGCAAUCCCUCUUUGCAACUAUGCAGUGAAUACAUGAGUGAGAAGUCCUGAUUUUAUGCAAUUCAUCAUGGUUGUGUUGUGCAACAUAUAGUUAGUGCAAUACUGCUAAUGUUGUUUUAGUGUAUCUAGCAGUUAUUUAGUAUGUACUCUAGCUACCAUGUCAAUGUAGUCCGGAGAAUUCUCCUUAAAAUAUUCUAAUGUAUGUCUAGUGAAAAAGUUAUUCCGGGUCUUCGAAAGAAA